AUGGGAAUAGAAUCAAACUUUUCAACCAAUGCCUCAAGCAGUAGAAAUCAAGUCCUCCAUGGCAAAGCUUUAACAACAGAUGGCCACACAAAGGUUGAAGGUGGUGAAUGCUGUAUUAUCUUGCCGAAGUCAUGUGUUGCUUGUAUCGCUCAACUCACUCGUGAUCUUGGUCACAAUACCAAUGGUCAAACAAUAGAGUGGCUCUUACAACAAGCUGAACCAUUUAUUAUCGCUGCCACUGCGAAACAUGUCUCCCCGAUUAAUACGCCUUCAACUCUAGUUGCUGUGGAUUUGGAGGAGAAUGCUGUUAGUCUUGAAGACAAAGAUUUGGUUAAGAAGAAGCGCACUAUAGGUGACCAACCGAUGCUACCUGCUUAUGACUAUUAUUUGAGGUUGGUUACACAAAACUAUGAAAUUGCUGACUUUUCUGCCAAUGAUGUUGUAAUAGAUGUAGGGAUCCAAACUCAGGAAGAAACCCAGAAUCAGGAUGGGGAAGAAAGAUUAGAAUAG